AUGAGUCCUACGCGUAAGACCCGAUUACCAGGUGAUCAACUGACAAUCAUGAGUUGUGACAAUCAUUUUAACGAUAUAUUUUGGUUGGAAGUUUUUAAAAAAGUUGAUAAAAAUCAUGAUGGACGAAUAAAUAAGCGAGAAUUUAAGAAAUACAUGACAAAUUAUGGCGGUUCAUUUACUUCAGUAGAUUUACGAAGAGUAUUUGAAUAUUGUGAUACAGACAAAAGCGGUUAUAUUGAAUUUCAUGAGUUUAAAAACUUCAUGGAAGGACAUUGA